AUGUUACCAAAAGCUGGACUAAUUGUCUUUGGUUCUUUGAUUCCGAUCCCAAUUGGAUUGGUUUUUUAUAUCUGUGUCAAGAGCAAGAAGCCACGUCCAGACAUAGAAGCUAUGUCACCACAUGAAGACUUCAACCAUACUGAAGACCUAGACAACCAUACCUAUCACUAUACUUCUCGGGUCACUUACACCGAACAUGGAGAUGUGCCUAUUUACAGCGGACCCUCUAUUCAUCGUCCUUCAAUACAUAUCAGUCAUUUCAAUACGCCGACAAGUAUCAAAGACUUGGACCCACCCGACUACUUUGAAGCUGCUCAGGACAUUUCCUUUGAUUCAGUUUCUACAUCCCAAUCAAUGGAAGAUCCAAGGUACUACCCUUCCGUGCCUCAACUUGCUCACGUCAGAUUUCCCAUGGAAUGA